AUGUGUGCCAAAAGCGACACCAAGGUGAACGGGCAAGACGUAUCGAACUCCAGCCACGAAGAUGCGGUGCGUUGCUUUCAGUCGGCCCAGGAGCCGAUCAUCGUGGAGGUCCUUCGACGACAACCGUUGCACGGACGAGCUGUCUGGAAGGAUCAGCCACAGGAGAAGAACGAAAUCGAGGAUAGAACGAUCGAGGUGACCAAGAAGGAGCUACCGAUGGUCGCGUGCCCUACCCUGGUGUCGACGGCGGUGCAAACCGACUGGGCAGGCCUCCUCGAGGAAGAGGAACUGAUACCAGUGCCACUCGGCGUGGACGAGCAGACGAACGACAGUUUCGAGGACUUCCUCGCCCACGACAUCGACUUCGAGGAAGUGACGCUACGGAAAGCGGGAAGCGCCGAAAAACUGGGGCUCACGGUCUGCUACAGCUCGGGUUCCGGCAGCGAGGACGCCGACACGGAAGUUUAUAUCUCGGAAAUAGUUCCUGAAAGUCUUGCAGCGCGCGACGGACGCCUGCGGGAAGGCGACCAAAUCUUGAGGGUGAACGGAAGGGACGUGGCGAACAAAGAGCAGACCGAGAACCUGUUCGCCGAGACGAAGAGCGCGGUGACCAUCCUCGUCAGCCGGUGUCUCUAUCAGGACGACGAGUUCGACGACAGGCGAACGUACCAUCAGGAGUCGCCGUCACUGUCGCCGGAACACCUACCCUCGUACCAGAACAGUUUGAUCGAGCAGCUGAUACGACAGCAGCAGCAACAGACGGAGGAACGAACCAAAGAAACGGAAGAGAACACGUCCACGUUGAAAGCACCGCCGCCAGUGCCGUCGCACACUUCCCAGCAACAGCAGCCGCCAUCCGUGAGCGUGUUCUCCACGACGACGUCGUCGUCGACGUGCUCGUCCCAGACCUCGCAGAAAUCAGGAAGGAACGCGUCGUCGCCGGCGCAUCACGCGGAGGACCGGAAGCAGUGGAUGCAGGACGCGCUCAAGGACUGCUCGAAGAAGAUGGACGGUCUGUGCGUGCGUGGCCAGCACACGGCCACGGUAAAACUGACGGAGGCGUACUCGAGCCACGUGUGGAGCGAGACGGAGCACAUAUACGAGACCAUACCGGAAUCGGACAGCGAGCCAAUCUACUCGUCACCGUACGAGCAUCAACACUGGACCAAUCACGGUACGACCACCACGACCACCACCACGUCCACGAUGACGAACACGCAGCAUUCGGUGAACCAGGUGAACCAGGUGAACCAGACCACGACCAGGUGGCACUCCUCGUCCAAGAGCAACAGCUCCGGCGAGGAGAAGGACAGCUCGAGCGCCUACAACACCGGCGAGUCGUGCAACAGCAAUCCCCUUACGUUGGAGCUACACCAGAGCGGUAAGGAUCAUCACAGGAGCACCCUGGUCCUCUGCCCGCCAAAGACACCCACCGCGGUCCAGCAACAGAGACUCAGCUGCACCUGUCCCGCGUCCGGGAACAAACAGACCACCAGGAGCCAAACGGGCAGAAGAGGAGGCUCGAGCUCCCACCAUCACAAGGACCGCGACGCGACGAACGCAACCACCGCGGUCCUACCGGCGGACACCAUGUACACGAACAUGGCCAACCUUCAGCAAACGAUGCUGCUCCAACAACAGCUGUUCAAGCAGGCGCUAAACCGUAGGAACCUGACCACAUCGACCACCGCCACCAUCGCGGCGGCCAGCCCCAGAGAGACCACCGCCGGCACCGCGAAAAAGUCCAAGUCGCACGGGAACUUUCAGGCCCCGAAUCUGACGCGGUACCAGUUCGUCGGUAGCCAACAGGUAUGCACCUCCACCGCCUGGGUGCCGCCCGAGGACAAGGCCAACGACGUGCAGAUGGAGUGGAAGGUCAAGAGGAGGGCGGACGGGACCAGGUACAUCGCGAGGAGGCCGGUCAGAAAUCGUAUACUGAGGAACAGGGCCAUCAAGAUAUCCGAGGAACGGGCUGGGCACAGCACCGAGGACGACACCAUGUCGGAAAUAAAGAUUGGCAGGUACUGGACCAAGGAAGAACGCAAGAGACAGUUGGAGCGAGCACGUGAGCGUAAACAGAGGCAGCAAGAGCUGAUGUUGCAGCAACAGCAGCAGCAACAGCUCCAACUGCAACAGACCAACGAUCUACUUGCGUGCGACUACGCGGACGAGAAGGGAACGAAGAAACCGUUGAACAUCGUGGAGCUGAGCCACAAGAAGAUGGCCCGGAAGAAGAACACGUUGGACGAUUUCACCACCGUCCAGGAGAUGUUGGUACAUGGGAACAGAGUGGGCGGAGCGGGAGGGCCUGGACCCGGUGGUAAACUCAUGGGCCUUCUGUCGGUCACAACGGUUUGA